UACUUUAAUUGCACAGUUUUAUUUCAUACAACGCCUGCUCUUCUUUUCUUUCUAAUAAGUUUUCAGACACAUUAAUUUUUUGUUUCUUUCUCAUAAUACACAGUAGAAACACUAAUCGAAGAGGUUCGAUUCUAAUCAACAGUGUUUCUUAAGUAGUAGUACAUGUAUAGAAAGCAAAAGGGAGAAAAGCAAAAGGAUGCAGAGUGGAGCGUAAGAAAAAGCAAAAGAAGAUAGAUGUCUUUCUCAAACACAGAUCCCAAUGGAAUGCAGGAAGGAUGCCCGGCAUUUCUUGCUGGAGCUCAUUCUUUUUGUUUACUAGUUUAAAGGGACUUGCUUUCAUCUCUUUGCAAAUCUUUUUAGUGGGAUCUAUAUAUAUAUAUACUCUCACACACAUAUAUAGCCCAACUAGUGUUUAGUGAGUCCACAGCUAGAAAACAAAAAUAGAAAAUGAGUUUGAAAAUGGUGUGGUGGGGAACAAAAGAAAGGCUGUGAGUAUGAUUAGUUUAUUUGUCUCCCAAUGAUUGACUUGCUUUGCUCCAAGAAGAACUUGCUCUGAAUCUCUUUUAAAGUGUCGGGAUUUUUUUUUUAAUUCAAUUUCAUAGUAACAAAGAUGAAGUCUUUGGGUAAUGAUGACAAUAACAACAACAACAACAACAACAACAACUGGCUUGGUUUUUCACUUUCCCCUCACAUAAACAGCUUAGAGGGUCCUCUUACUGAUCACCAUCACAGUACUCAACCUGGUUCAUCAAGUGAUGUUCAAAGUUCAGUCCCAAUUAGAUUUUCUCCAACUCAUCUCAACUAUCCAGCUAUGUACUAUGAAGGUGACAAUGCAACCCUUUUCUCUUCUUUAUCAGCUAUGCCUCUCAAGUCUGAUGGUUCAUUAUGCAUUAUGAAAGGUUUCAACAGGUCACAACAACCACAAGGUAUGGUAAGUUCAACACCUAAACUGGAAGACUUCUUUGGUGAUGCAGCAAUGGGGUCUCAUCACUAUGAAGGUUGUAACAGAGGAGGUAUGGCUCACAGUUUGCACAACAUUUACUAUAACCAACAUCAAGAUAAUGAGACCAGCAAUAGUCAAGAUUUCUUGAACCAUAUUCAAGAAAACACUAGACAUCAGCAGCAGCAACAGAACUACCCUGAUUUCUCAGUAUUUAGAGGACAUGAAGUGUAUCACACAACAGAACAGGGGAAAACAGAGUGCAGCAAUCUUCAGGUUCCAACAAUGACAGGUGAUGAAAUGUCUGGUAUGAAUAACUGGGUGUCAAGAAACUAUCAAAAUCAAACAGGACAUGCACUGGAGCAGAAUAUGAUAGGCUGCAUGGCUGAUAAUGGUGCAGAAUCUGGCUCUGUUGGUGCAAUGACAUAUGGAGAUUUUAAGUCCCUUAGCUUAUCAAUGAGUCCUGGCUCUCAAUCAAGCUGCGUUACUGGAACACAAACACAACAAAUCUCUCCAACUGUCGCAGACUGUAUUGCCAUUGAAACAAAGAAAAGAGGGUCUGAGAAGGCUAAUAAUCAAAAGCAAAUUGUUCAUAGAAAGUCAAUUGAUACAUUUGGACAAAGAACCUCACAGUACCGGGGCGUCACCAGGCAUAGAUGGACUGGUAGAUACGAAGCUCAUCUAUGGGACAACAGUUGUAAGAAGGAAGGACAGAGCAGGAAAGGAAGACAAGUCUAUCUAGGUGGAUAUGACAUGGAAGAUAAAGCUGCGAGAUCAUAUGAUUUAGCAGCACUGAAGUACUGGGGACCCUCCACACACAUUAAUUUCCCAUUGGAAAAUUAUCAACAAGAGCUUGAAGAAAUGAAGAAUAUGACAAGGCAAGAAUAUGUAGCUCACUUGAGAAGAAAGAGUAGUGGAUUUUCAAGAGGAGCUUCAAUGUAUAGAGGAGUGACAAGCAGACACCAUCAGCACGGAAGAUGGCAAGCUCGUAUAGGCCGAGUGGCCGGGAACAAAGACCUCUAUUUGGGGACAUUUAGCACCCAAGAAGAAGCUGCUGAGGCCUAUGACAUUGCUGCAAUUAAAUUUCGCGGUGUAAAUGCUGUGACAAACUUUGAUAUAUCAAGGUACGAUGUGGAGCGUAUUAUGGCUAGUAACACCCUUCUUGCUGGGGACUUAGCUAGGAGAAAAAAAGAAACAGAAACAAGCAAAGAAAUGUGUAAUCAAAACCUUAUUGCAAAUGCUAGCCAUCAGAGUGAAGUUAAUAUCCAAAAUAAAGAGGAGAAUGGAAAUGCAGUCGAAUGGACAAUGUCACUUUAUCAGUCUUCCUCUCCUGGAGUGGACACAAACUCAAUGAGCUCUACCAUGCUACAAGGUCAGAUGGAUGAAUCUGCGCGAAUUAACACUCACUUAUCAAAUGAUUCUUCACUAGUAACUAGCCUUGGCAGCUCGCGAGAAGUCAGCCCUACCAAAAACAAUGGCCACUUGAUGCAUAAUUUCGCGAUGCCUCAAUCUGCACCAAAGCUAAUCCCUAGUCCAGCAACUAAUAUCACCUCUUGGAUCUCAUCAGCUCAGUUAAGGCCUAACGUCCCUGUUUUUGCUGCAUGGACAGAUGCUUAAUCAUCCAAAAUUUCAGUAUCUUUUUUUCUUCUUUUAUUUGUUUUCUAAAUGCAAGUUGAUGAUAGUUCCAAAAAGCACAAUUUGCAAACUUUUAUUUAUGAAUGGAUGAAUCAAUGAGUUAAAAUUGUACGAAAUGGUUGACUAUUUAGAAAAAUCCAAUUUAUAAUUAGUGUUAUUCUAUUUGCGGACCUAUAUUAAGUA